CCGGGACCGGGAGCCGGGAGCGAGCACCGAGCGCGUCUCCGCCGGGACCGGGAGCCGGGAGCGAGCACCGAUCACCGCCGGGAGCGGGGAGCAGGAGCCGGGACCGGGAGCGGCGCCGAGUCACGAGCCGUGUGGGGCGCAGCCCCCCCCCCCCCCCCAAUGCCAGUGUCGGGUGGACCCUGAUGGAGCUGAGGGUCUGGGUGGAGGGGGUACAGAGGGUGGUGUGUGGGGUCACCGAGGACACCAGCUGUCAGCAAGUGGUGAUUGCCCUGGCACAGGCCAUCGGUCAGACUGGCCGCUAUGUGCUGGUGCAGAGUCUGCGGGACAGUGAGCGGCAGCUGCUGCCCACUGAGUGCCCACUGCAGCUGCUGGCCAGGAGUGGACAGUACGCCAACGACGUCCGUUUCGUGCUGCACCACACCGGCCCCUCUACCUCGGACCGGCUGGGCUCGGACAGCAGUCGGCCUCAGGGACUGACCGCCGGCGGUCAGGCCCCACGCAGGCGGGAGCUGAAGAAGUCGCUGACCUUCACAGGAGGGGCGGGCGAGGUGUCCGUCCGGGACAGGUGGCAGGCGAGGAGGGGGCAGGAGCCGGCCGCCGAGGAGGGGGCUCCCACCAGGGACCAGCUCUUCCAGCUGAUCCUCAGGCAGCAGCAGCAGCUGCAGGAGAUCGCGGAACGCCACGCUUCCUGCGACCGGGAGCUGGAGAGGGACCGGCCUGGCUGCCGGGACCGGGAGCUAGAGGAGGCGGCGGCGAGGACGGGCGAGGAGGAGGAGGAGGAGUACUGGGAGCAGGAGCUGCGGGCAGAGAGGGAGAGGGAGCGGGAGCUGCUGUGCCGGCUGGGCGAGCUGAGGUGCAGCCUGAAGGAGAGCAGCCAGCAGCUGCUGGGACUCAGCAACAGAGCACAGCUGCUGGGCCGGGAGAUGGAGCAGGAGGGCGAGAGAGCGCGGGAGCAGCAGGCUGCCCAGCUCAGCAGCAGGGAGGCCAUCGGCCGCGUGCAGGCGCAGAUCCACAGCAGAGCCCAGCAGAACCAGCAAAUCCAGACCUCCAUCCUGGAGCUGGACCGGAUGCUGCAGGAGACCGAGCACAGACUGCAGGUCAAAGCUCUGGAACUGGAGGAGUUGAACAAGGAGCUGAGGCAGUGCAACUUGCAGCAGUUCAUCCGGCAGACGGGGAGCGCGGGAGGCCACGGCCGGAGCGAGGAGCAGCCACUGCCCGAGGAACCCCGGCACCACAGGCUGCAGAAUUGGAGUCUGUGACACGACCAACGUCCAGGCAUUUCCUGGGAAACCCUCGAAACCUGCAGAACCCUCUGGUGUCGAGCCUGAACCCAGAAGGUGUGUUUGUUUGAGCUGAGUGUGUGCGGACGGUGACCCCAGAUCCCCAGCCGUGGGCGUGGCUGGGGUGUCUCCAGACCAGGGGCAGUAUCCACAUGAACUGCCAUCGUCACCCUGCCUCGCAGCCCUCUUCCUCCUUGAUGCUGUGCAUCAGUGUAUGGUCACGGUGGUGACCACUCAACUCCCAUCCCUUGAGAAAUCCUCCCCACCUUCAGAGUUCCGCCAAUCCCUCUGGACAGUAACUCCCUCGGUUGCUGAGAGCGCCCGUUUCACUCGUGGGAGUGGAGAGUGUUCCCAGCACCGUCUCUGCCCCACACCAGCUUCCUGCCCCCUCACAGCAUCACAGAAAACUCAAAACGCUAGGAGCCCGUUCGGCCCACCAGCUCUCUGCCAGUCAGAGGAGGUACUGCCUUAAUGUACCAUCCCUCGCCGUGUGAGUCCCAGCCGGCAGUUAUCGGUGAAGACGUGCCUUGGGAAGCUGUGACCCCCACAUCAUCACCCUCUCCUCUGUUCCCCUCUCUCUGUGUUCAUCCAGCUUCCCCACCCUGCUGCUUCCCUGAGCCCUCAGAGGGAGCGAGUAGGUUCCACAAUCUCCCUGUCCUCUGGGGAACAGGAGCAAGAGGAGGCCUUUUGGCCCCACAAGACUGUUCCUCCAUCCAGUGAGAUCACAGCUGGUUAACUGGAUGACUCCGUUCUCUCCCCAUGUCCUCUACACCGGGGUUAACAAAGAUCUGACCUCGGAUCUGCAACCAACAGCUGAGUCACCAACAGGUAUUUGUGUGGAGAGUUGAAUGGGUCCCUCCCCUCUCCUCUCCUCCCCUCCCCCCGUGCAUGCCAGUUGUGAAAAUAACUAAGCUGUUUGGAUUUUAAUGCCAGCAAAGUUACAAAGAAAACCUCUGUUGCAGUUAAGAGUAAAUUGCGAAAAUAAAAUCUAUUUCUACAUAAAUAACUUAAAUUUCCUGUCCCAGUAACGUAUUUACGUAAUUUUUUUGUUUCAGAGUUUCCCCAUUGGAUAGUAGGUAGCUGACAAAUGAGUCGAGGAACUGUUGACGCUGUAAUCUCAAUUCAGUUUGAUAAUGUUUUAAAAUCACUUCAGGCCAGCCUGGCUUGUGAACUGAGAGAGGAUGUUAGCUUGGCUAUCUCAGGAAUGUGAUGUGUAAAAGGUCAUGACUGGCUCAAAUCUUUUUGAUUUAAAGUAUUUUAUGUUCAAAAUAAAUGAAAACUGGAAA